AUGGCGGGUGAUCUCGAAAAGGCGUCACCGGUCAAUAGCGCUGAGUCGUCUUCUUCAACGUCUUCGACAACAUCGUCGCCGGUUUUAGAACCUAUCAGGACCGUUGAAACGCGCCGCAGCCGUCUACGCGAUCCUGACAUUCUUGAGCCAUUGGAGCAUGCUCUCACCCCGGAUGUCGAGACAGAGGCGGAACGCGCAGCUCGCGAGCCCAUCACUUACACGCAAACUGGCACGAGCGUAACGAGCAACGCAUCUCGGCCUGCUGACUUCGAGGUUUUCUUUCAAGAUGGUGAUCCUGAAAAUCCCCGAAACUGGUCAAAAGCUUACCGCUACUGGAUCGUUGUCUGUGUCUCAUACUCCACUUGGGUGGUAGUCUUGUACAGCACAUGCUAUACAGCAUCAGUUUCUGGCCUGGCAGAAGAAUUUGGAGUUUCGACAACAGUAACAACGUUGGGUUUGACGACAUACUUGCUUGGCCUUGCUGUCGGAAGUCUCAUUGUAGCGCCUCUGAGCGAGUUGUAUGGGCGACAGAAGGUAUACAUCGUCUGCUUACUCGCUUGGGCUUUGUUGAUCUUGCCUUGCGCCUUGGCCACUUCGUUGACCGAGAUCAUUGUGGUGCGAUUCUUUGGUGCCGUAUUUGGUGCCGCCAUGAUAUCAAACAGCCCCGGCACUAUCGUCGACAUUACAGAUCCAGAUCAUCUUGCCGCUGCUAUGUCCAUGUGGUCAAUCGCGCCCCUAAAUGGACCUUCUACUGGACCUAUCAUUGGAGGUUUUGUGUUUCAAUACUUGGGCUGGCGAUGGGAUGCUUGGAUUCCUCUGAUACUCGGUGGUGCAGGUGUUCUUAUGAUGCUAACAGUCAAGGAGACAUACCACCCUGCUAUCCUGAAGAAAAAGGCUGCGCGACUCCGUAAGGAAAACGACGAUCCGAGGUAUUGGUGCCAAUAUGACCAGAAGCUGUCAACUUGGCAUCUUAUCAAAAUCAACAUGAGUCGUCCCUUUAUCCUGUUGGCAACUGAGCCCAUUUUGUGGUUCAUGGACAUUUGGAUCUCGCUGAUUUAUGCCAUUCUCUAUCUCUGCUUCGUGGCAUACCCCAUCGUUUUUUCGCAACACCGUGGGUGGAAUGCCGGCAUAUCCGGCCUGGCCUUUGUCGGUAUAGGUGUAGGCACAAUGAUGGCUAUCUUUGCCGAACCUCUCUUCCGACGUGUCAUCAACUCUCAGCCUCGAGAUCCUGUGACUGGCAAACCCCCGCCCGAGGCAACAGCUUUGGUCAUGGCAAUUGGCGCAGUUCUGACACCCCUGGGUCAGCUCGUUUUCUCAUGGACGUGUCUACCGGCAUCCAUCCAUUGGGCCAUCCCGAUUGCUUUUGGUAUUCCCUUCGGUGCAGGUAACACCAUAUCCUUCAUCUACGGCUCAAAUUACCUGGCUGGGACGUAUUCCAUCUAUGCUGCCAGUGCACUCGCCGGUAACGCUGUUCUUCGAAGUAUUGCUGGAGGUGUCUUGCCUCUAGCCGGUCCCAAAAUGUAUGCUGCCAUGACUCCUCAGUGGGCAGGCACUCUCCUAGGUCUUCUCGAAGUCGCAAUGAUUCCGAUCCCGUUCGUUUUCUGGAGGUACGGAGCCAAGAUUAGAGCAAAGAGCCCUACUGUUAGAGCUCUUAAAGAGGAGCAGGAUAGGCUUGAUGCGAAGAGAGCCAAGUAUCAGAGGAAAUUGGAGAAGAAACAGAAACGAGAGACUGAGGGAGCUAAUGCAGCCGAAGGGGUUCUGGAGAAAACUGCAAACAACUAA